ACUACUGAUGGUCGACGUGAGACAGUUGUUUGGGUUGCUAAUGAAAGGGCAAAAGAGUGUCAUGAUUGUAAAGUAAAAUUUACGCAUUUUAACAGAAGGGUAUGUUUUAGAAAGAAUAAAUGUCCUUUGUUAGUCUCCACUAAAGGGUAAAACAUCACUUUGUUUCCAUUUCGAUCUGUAGUUGAGUAUCGUGCAUGGGAGGUAGAACGAACUGCAGCACUGUAAAAAUUCAAAAUGUUCGCACCCAAAGAACACCACCGCUAACUUUGUAACCUAAACUGUUUUGUUUUCUUUUUAUCUCUCGUCAAUGCAUUUUCCUUGUCAACCAAUCAGCAUCAUUGCAGGUAUCUAUAACAUAAAUAUUUUUAGUUUUUAUCGUUCAGUUGCCUUAAAGUGCUGAUGCAACGGAAUUUCACACCAUUUUUUUAUGAUUGUAUAUUGUCAAGAAAAUUCAAAAUGACCAAAUAUAGGAUACUUUCCCAAACUAUCUUCUUGCUUCGUUCUUGACAUAUUUAAUAAUUUUUGGUAUCGUCACUAUGACGUCACAUUGCAUAAUAACUGGCUGGAAAAAACUUCAAAAUAUCAUGCAUCGAAUUCGUAAAACCGCCCAUAUAUGUUAACAUACUAUUUAACAAUUAUUAGCCGAAGGCGAGGUGAUUAUCGGGAAUAUUCGCCGAAACGAAGUGAAUAUUCCCCGAUAAUCACCGAGCCUGAGGCGAAUAAUUGUUUUAGUAUUUUUGCACAAGUUUUUUUGUGUUUUUCUUGUCUGAAUUAAUUUUAAUUUCGCUUAUUUCUUUAUCACUAACUUCAACAAAACGGCUAGCCACCAGUUUUGAAAAUUUCGAUUUUGUUAUAUUCACCUGUAGGUGUUAUAUUCACCUGUAGGUGAAUAUAACAGAUUAAUACGUCAAAUUUGACCAGUCACCUUGUAGGAUUUGUUAAUUAUGUUUACUUGUGCAAAAAUACUAAAUAUAGAUGUAGAUGUCGACGAAUUUAAAUCAGUUAUCUAUAUAAGAGCUAUGCAAUUUGACGUCAGAGUAAGGAUAAUUUUCAUAUCAAGCCGAGAUAGAUUGGCAUGCAAAGAAUCUUAUUGGGUCAAUUUGAAUUGUCUUUACAAUGCAAUAAAAAAAUAGUGUCAAAUUUCGCUGUAUAUUAGCAUAAUCACUUUAAGCAUGCAUUUAAGUUUCAUCCCCAUAGCUAACUAGAAACUUUGAGGAUUCUUUGUGCAAAACUGUCCUAACCGACUAAAGGCCAUCGGCAUCGCUCGAAAUGUCAAAUCAUUCUCUAUAUAUUUUUCAAGUAGUUCUAUCCUUAAACCAACCACGCGAGCAUUGUUCGCCUGUCACCAGGAUUGCACACUCUCCUCCGCAGAGGCUUUGUAGUUUGUUUUCUUUCUAUGAGUUUGUUUGCUUUCGCUAUGAGUUUGUUUUCUUUCUAUAAGUUUGACUUGCGCCCACUUCUCUGCCUAGCCAGCUACUGCCCGCCAGGAGGAGCGAGCGCGCGGGGUUAAAAAGGGGCAUCGUGGACAUUUGGAGACAUCGUGGACAUUUCCCGUCACCCCCCGCGCGCCCACUUCUCUGCCUAGCCCGCUACUGCCCGCAAGUCAAACUCAUAGAAAGAAAACAAACUACAAAGCCUCUGAGAAGGAGAGUGAGGAUUGCAUGUAAACCAUCUACAUGAAUGGACAUCCCUGGUUAAAUAUUGUUAAUAAAAUAUGAAUGAAGCCAACUCAUAUAUGGCCGAUAUUUAACAAUUAUUCACCGAUUGGACGUGUAUAUAGGUGUAAUUGUAUAAGAUUAGUGCAUAGUAAGGACCACCUCCUGAGUAUAUUAACCUUUACUUCACAUUUCAACUUCACCAGAGCUUGUGGUCAGGUAUUCUGUAAUGAAUGUUCAUCACAUCGUGUCUGUCUGUUGAAACUUGGCUAUACAAAACAAGAACGUGUUUGUGAUCGAUGUUAUAUCAAACAUCGAGACGAAGUGGAUAAGCGUGGCAUUAAAGGAUCAAAG